AUGACUCCGAGUAUGGAUCAGAGUCAUGAAUUAAUUCCUGAAGCUCCUGUUGCCGAUGAGAGCUUGAAUGUCCAGCAAGAAAUUGGAGAAAUGACAGCAUUAGAAGCUCUUGAUUUUCUGAUUGAGGAAAAUAAAAAACUGUGGAAAGAAAAGAUAAAAUUUGAGAAUUACGCCUACGCCUUAAAUCAAAGUUUAUUAGAAUCGGAAUCAAAAUUGAAAAAACUAGCAAGAUAUAAAAAAGCCUUCUUGCAAGAGCAAGAGGAAAAAGAAAAGAUGAGAAUCCAAAAUGAAAAACUUGAGAACGAAAUUAAAAAAGUGAGAGAAGAAAAAUCAAGAUCUUUCACGUCGACGAAUCAAUCAAACUUGGAUCUGCUCCAGAGUAACAUUGCAAAAAUGCAAAUACAAACACAACAACAUGAAAAAGAGAAACAGCAUCUGUCCCUUCAAGUUAGAAAAAUCAAAACAAAAAUCAUUGAGACAAAGUUGGAUCAGAAAUCUUUGAAAAGUGAAGCCAAGUUCUUAAGCACUAAAUUUUCAGACGAGUUUUCUUCCUUAUAG